AUGGGAGACGAAGCUCUCACAAUCUCGCAUCGGCACCCGACAGUGAACCCGGACAGAACUUUGGCUUUGGUUGUGGCAAAGUCUCGAAGAGAGGAUACCUCUUGGGCUUAUCGGGUCAUGCCCCACUGGAGGCCAUACAUCUAUACUUCCGACCAAGAACCCGGAUUUGUCGAUCUCCCCGCGAAUAAGGGCCGCGAGAGCAUGGCCUACUUAACGCACAUUAUCGAUAACUACGAUGAUUUGGCCGAUAUUACCGUGUUCAUGCACGGCGGUGAUAGCCAGUGGCAUAAUGAUGUCAGGGACCUGGAUUCGCCAUCGUUGCUCCGCAGUCUCAAUCUUCACACGGUGGAGCGGCUGGGAUACGCUAAUUUGCGCUGCCAUCAUCGCCCGGGCUGUCCGGUGGCCGUGCGGCCGUUUGACCCUGACAUGGCUUCCGACCAUAACAUUGUGUACCGCAACUUCACCAGCAUCUAUGUAGACCUAUUCCGAGUGCCUGUGGACCAGAUUCCCCCAGAAAUCGGAGGCGUUUGCUGUGGUCAAUUUGCGGUCUCACGCGAGCGCAUCCGGGGCCGACCGAAAGAGGAUUACAUGCGGAUGCGCGAUUGGGCUAUCGCCACGGAGCUGGACAACUUUGCGGUCGGAUCUGUAUUUGAAAUGCUGUGGCAUAUUAUUUUUCUAGAAGCACCAGUUGCUUGUCCCGAUACCCAGCAGUGCUACUGUGAACUAUAUGACCUAUGCAACGAAGAGCCCGACAACUCCUGA